AUGGCUCAGACAGUUCCAGUCUCGUUGCUUGUCAUUUCACUUACUGUUCUACUGUUUGACCACGCAGUUGCAAGACCAAUAAGAAUGCUGGAUUUAGAUGUAUCUAUGCGUCAUGCGGGCAAAAUUGUGACCUUGUCAUCUAAACGCAUUCCUGGCGGGAUUUACUAUACCAUAUGGUCGAAAUACAAAGAUCACUAUACCAUUGGAUCCGUGCAUGAUGCAGGUGAGAUGCUCGUCGAGAGGGAUGCGAAUGCAACAAGUAGACAAGUUAUUACGGAACUCAGGGAAGACGGAACAAAGUAUGUAGUUGUUUCAACAACGAAAAAUACGCAAUGUGCCAAGGGGAAAACAGUUAAAACCAAAAUUAUUGAGGAGUUUAUAAAGAGACCCACUUAUUUCCGCUAUGUCAAAAUCUUUAGAGUUCCCCUCGAUGUAGAUCUACUGACCCAGGAGAGCAACCACUACAUUAACGUCGAACUCGUAGUAGAUUGGGGAAAGUACAAAAGGGGUGUGGCCAAUGGAACGGCUCCUAUGGAUAGACCAGAAAAUUUGGAAACCCUGCCCAUGAAAUUUACUGUUCAGGAAGACAUGCAAGACGACGCCGUCAUUGGCAGAGUAACUUUUGGUGACUACGUCAUAGACGAUGAAACAGAGGGGCUAAUUGAGAGAAGUGUGGUAUGGAAAAAAGGAAUAGAGGAUCCUAGGAUAACAGUCAUCUCAAAAUACGCCUACGGGGUAGAGAAGAUAGUAAACUACAAGCUUGGCAAUGAAGGAUUUAACGUUUACACUUCCGAAGAAAAAUCUAUUGAUCUUUCUAGGGCAUGA